UUGCUCGAAAAUAACCGUCAAUGGGCCCAAGCGGUUCAAGAAACGGACCCCAACUUUUUCAAGACGUUGGCUGAAAAGCAAGAGCCCAAGAUUUUAUGGAUUGGUUGUUCUGAUUCACGUGUCCCCGUCAACCAAAUCGUUCAACUCGGUCCUGGUGAAAUCUUUAUCCAUAAAAACAUCGCCAACGUGGUUUGCCAUUCCGAUUUGAAUUGUCUCUCUGUUUUGCAAUACGCUGUCGAGGUAUUGAAGGUGGAACACAUUGUUGUCUGUGGACACUCCAACUGUGGUGGCGUUGCCGCUGCUUUAGGUCAGCAGCAAUUUGGCUUGAUUGAUAACUGGCUUAGAAAUGUCAAGGACGUCUACCGAUUGAAUCAGAAUGAAAUGGACAAAAUCGACAAUGCUAAGGAGCGUUUGAUGAAACUUGUUGAAUACAAUGUCAUCAAUUCUGCUGAAAACAUUGUUCACUCUACGAUUGUUCAAAACGCAUGGAAGAGAGGUCAAAAGUUGACUGUACAUGCUUGGGUCUAUAACCUCGAGAAAGGGUAA